AUGGUCAAAGAUCAACAAAAAGCGAAGCGGAAUCGCUCGCUGACGGGCUGCGGGACGUGUCGGCAACGUCACCUCAAAUGCGACGAGGCGCGCCCGGCAUGCCGCAUGUGCACGGCUUUCGGCGUGCCCUGUCCAGGGUACCAGCCAGCACUACGGUGGGCAAACGAGGGCGCACAGCGGCCCCGAGGUCUUGACGAGGCGACAUCCCGGCGGACCUUGUUCAUGGAGCCUCAUCAGAAGGCCAUGACACAAAUGAUGGUGGGCUCGCUUGCGCCGUCGAGUGUGAGCAAGGCCCUAGAUGGACUGGAUGGCGAGGGUGCCGAACAGCCCGGAACCGUACAGUCUGGGGGGCCACCCAGGGACCGCUUCCAUGGGCCUUUUGGCGUGUUAUAUCUGCCAAACUCGUCUGCUCACGGUCCAAUGUGCCAUCCGCAGGCCGGAGACGCCGCAUCAUCACGGUCCAGUCGUGUAUCAAAGGUUCCUCAGCCCGUACACAUGUCACCGGACCCAUCGCCACUGGAAAACUACCGCGCGAUGGAGGGCAUGUCAAAGCUUCUCCAGUACUUCAAGCGCCGUGUCGUUUCCUUCUCAUAUGCCGCGCGUCACGAUGCGACCAUUUGCCCUUGGCAGACUAUUCAUGUACCCGCUGCAGAAAAGGCACACGACAAGAUGCUUCUUGAUCAAGUGCCCAUGCCGGUCGGCCUGUCCCUGCUCUACUCGCUUCUGGCGGCGAGCUGCAUUCACCUCGCGCCGCGGGAUACGGCGCCGGCUAGCAAAUGGGUUGCACUGGGGGAGCAGUACAAGCAAGAGGCCCGCCAACAUCUCGACGUCGCCAUCCAAGAGGAGAUUCUCUCGCUGACUCGGACAAACUAUGAAGAGCUGCUCAUGGCGCUGCUGUCGAUGACCAUGCUCGAGAUACUGUGCGCCAAGUACAACGAGGCUGAAUAUCUUCUUCUCGAAGCCGAAUAUCUCAUCCGCACGCGCGGACUGCCAGUGCCGACCAAAUCGCCGCAGAGACGCACGCUUCACCACGUCUACACAUAUCUGCGCAUCCUGACCGAGAGCACGUGCGGAUGUAUUCUCCGAAACAUCUGCUCUGCCAAGCCUGGCGCGCGACGGACUCUGGUGACGGAGGCGUCGAGACACAAGCUGCGCAGCUUUUGCGUGGCGGAUCAUAGCACCGAGUCGGACCUGCAGAUGACCGCCGAGAAGAGCGCCGAUGCGGCGCACGACGAUUUGCACCUCGAGGUCAUGGGCGAUUGGCGCGAAUCGCUAUUCCCGCAGCUCUAUGGGCUGCCGGAGAGCUUGCUAGGCCUGUUGUCGCAGACGAUCCGGCUGGCGAAUGAGCAGGAGCUGCUACACCGCGAUGCGAAUGUCGACCUGGGGAUGAUUGCCAACCUGGGCCGACGGACCAAGGUUCUGAAGCACAACGUACUUUCGUGGAAGCGGCCAUGUGAGACUGCCCAAUGUCAAAUUGCUGAUUCUCCCGGCUCCGCGAGAAAUGCCAGAGGCCAAGUCAUGCCGGUUCUCGCCGACACGUUUCACCAGGCCGCCAUUCUAUUCUACUACCGGCGCGUGCAGAAUAUCAAUGGUUUGAUGCUGCAAGACAGAGUGCGCAAGGUGCUCGACGGCCUGUCCGCGACAAAUGGACCGGGCGAAGCGGCGCAGCUGCUCUGGCCGGCAUGUGUAGCAGCAUGCGAAGCCAUUGAGCCGCCUCUCCGAGAGGGUCUGAGCAACUGGCUCGCGCACAUGGCAGGAGAAGCGAGAAUACCGGUAUUUAACGCAGUGGCGGAGUUGGCGAGGCAAGUGUGGGCAUUGAGAGAGGAGAGGCAAGACUAUACCCUAAGCUGGUUUGAUGUUACAACCUUAGGAAGGUGUCCGAUUGUUGCUCUAUAG